GACUUUUGGAUUUGGAGUUGAAUUGUGUUGUUGAUUUUCUCUUCAAUUUAUAACAGUGGCAACUAGAAAAUCUUUAGAUUUGACGCUUGACAACAAUUUAUUGAGAAAUUGAGAUUCGGGUAGAGAAAUGAGUGACAUUCCAGAAGAAGCUCCCGAACACUGUCCGGGCACUGCAAGUGAUGCUGCAGGAAAGGCUUCGGCCUGUGCCGGCUGUCCGAAUCAGAAUGUCUGUGCGUCAGGAGCCCCGAAAGGACCAGAUCCAGGCGUUGCCCUGGUCCAGGAGCGUUUGGUGGACGUGAAACACAAAAUCCUGGUGUUGUCUGGCAAAGGCGGCGUCGGCAAGAGCACAGUGACCAACCUGCUGGCCCGAGGACUGGCCAGGGACCCAGAAAAAAACAUUGGUGUAGUUGAUUUGGACAUUUGCGGGCCUUCAAUACCCAGGAUGAUGGGGGCCCUAAAUGAGUCCAUUCAUCAAAGUAAUGCUGGAUGGUCUCCUAUUUAUGUUGAAGACAAUUUGUGCGUCAUGUCUGUUGGAUUCAUGCUGGACAGUCCCGAUGAUGCAGUUAUUUGGAGAGGACCUAAAAAGAACGGUCUGAUCCGUCAGUUUUUGAGUGAGGUUGAUUGGGGUUCGUUGGACUUUCUCCUGCUGGACACUCCUCCUGGUACCUCGGACGAACACCUUUCAGCCGUCCAGUACCUUCGGAGUGCUGGUCUGACUGGUGCCAUUAUUGUGACCACUCCGCAAGAGGUGGCUUUACUGGACGUUCGAAAGGAAAUUGACUUCUGUAAUAAAACCGGGAUCAAAGUACUCGGCGUGGUUGAAAACAUGUCCCAGUUCGUCUGCCCUAAAUGCACUAAACCUACAGAAAUGUUUCCUUCGAAGUCUGGCGGAGCUGAGCAGAUGGCCAAAGAAAUGAAUGUUCCAUUUUUGGGUAGCUUGCCUCUGGACCCCAGAGUUGGUCGGGCUUGCGACCAAGGGGAUAAUAUUAUGGAAGUCGAGAAGGAAUCGUUAGUUUCAAAAGCCAUGGACAAAAUUGUCAAAGGUUUAAUGACUAUCUGUGGAGUUGUGACUGUGGACGAAGAUAAAGAGGACUGAGCAGUUGAAGUAUGUAUAGAGAACAAUAAAACAUUGCUAUAAGCUAUAUUUUUCUUAAAGUA